AUGCCAGACGAGGAGUUUGACCAGUUUAAGUCUUAUCAAGAGGCGUGGGAACACUUUGAGGCCGGUCAGGACAUCCCAUUCGACUACUACGAAGAUACCUUAGAGAGAGCUCGGGAGGAGGAUCCUGACCUUGAAGAGGAGAUUAUUCCGGAAAUUGAUCUCAUCAGGGCUAGUCAAGAAGACGAAGAAGGAAGAGAUUGGGAGGGAAUAGCUGCCGCUGGCCCGAACAACGAUAUCUCUGUGAGAGAAGAUCUCGAUGACCUUAGGGAGCGUGUUUUUGAUAAGGCAAAGGAUUAG